CGAUAUGAUCUCUGCAAUGCCAGCAGUUGCAGUGAGGAGGGAGAGGAAGAAGAGUAAAUCUCAAAGGGCAGGAACCAAGGGGGGAAGGCAAGGUAGCCUCAGCACAAUUAGCAGCACGGGAGCUCAAGCAUCGUACGGAUCACGAACUCGUGAGUUUUUUAGACGUGAUAAAAAGAAUUUACGUAUUUUAGUGUACGGAGGGACUGUUCUGAUGGGUUCUGGACUUAUUUUAGUAUUUAUUGGAGUAGGAACAAACGCUUCCGCAUUUCAAUCAGUCGGUUUGUUAUUCAUUGGGCUUGGAAGUUUACUGUGCCUCAUCAAAAUAUUUUGUGGUAAUUCUCCAAGAGAGGGACGUGACGACAGGAAACGUCAGCAAGAAGGAUCAUCUACGGUCUCACCUUCAUACCUUUCACCUGUGCUAAUAGAAAACACGGAUCCACCGGUUGUUAUGGUUCAAACUCUACCUUUAUCCGAUGUGGAAGAGGGGGAUAGAGAAUCGAUUGUGGCAAAUAAUUCUCCAACGGUUAAAAACACAGUGCCUGAGAUGCAAGUACUCAUAACUGAUAACUUAAAAGAACGUUACUGAACUUAACUCGAAAGAUUUUUAUGACAAUAUAUAUCUAUAUAUAUAUACAUUGAAGAGAAAAAAAAUCAUAAAUAAUAAUUUAAAUUUAUAAGAAAAAAAAAUACAUCAAGUUGAAUCGAUAAAUGUACAAAAUAAUCGGAUUUUUGUGAUUGACAAGAAGCCUUCUUUAAUAUGUCUUUCUAUAAUUAUGUAUCGAAUAUUUAAUAAUCUCAUUUGAGAUGUUAUUAAUUUAUUAUUAACAUGAGCAUUUGUAAAAUCAUAAUUCAGCAUCAAAAAAUACAAAUAUAUAUAUAUAUAUUACAUGUGUAUAUAUAUAUAUAUUAGAAAGUGCUUCAGUGCCUUCACCUCAUAAAUCUUUGCAAAGGGAUUUUGUUCCAAGCAAAGGGAACUUUUUGUACUUUUAUCUCUCUCUCUCUCUCUCUCUCCUUUUCUUUAUUUUCUCCAAUUUUUUUAUUUAGUGCUGAAGCAGUAUAAACAUUAUCUCGACAUAUGCGAACAAAUUUCGUGACAGGACAGACAAAAUACAUUACAUUACGCACAUUAACGACACACGACGAGUUUCAUGUUUAAAAAAAUAAUAAUAAUAAAUGAAAAAAACUUCGUCUGAAAGGAAAAAGAUCUAUCUGAAAACAAAGAAAAAGUAGAUAAUAAUAUAAAAUAACCUUCUAUCGUGCAAAGAAGUACUUAAGAAACUCUCUAAAGCAAUUUAAAUAGGGAAGAAAAAAAGAUGGAGAAGCUUCGAAUCGUCUCUUAAAACACUAUUAUUAUUAUUAUUAAUUUUUUCUUUGAAAAUAUAUUCUAAUUGCAGAUUAUACUAUGGAGAUUUACACUUAUUAUACAGUAUUAAGCAUUUAAAAAUGUUUAAUUUAAAGCAUUAUAAAGCCAAAUAAUUAAACAAGAAGAUAUCUUCCUCGUAUGUGUUCAAGGUGCUAAAUGUGAAAGGUUUCUUAAAUGCAGUGUACAGUAAAAAGAAAUUCGCUUUUGUUUCGCUCUAUUUUAGAGCAUACGUUCUAUAUCAGGACUAUGCAGACAAAU